AUGCAAAGUAUUAGCAGUCAAGCUGCAGGUUUCCCUGAUGGCGAUCAGUUUUAUCUUCGUCAACAGGCUCAACAAGCACAUUCAGCUCAACAGCAAGCUGCAGGCUUACCACAAAUGUUUUCACCACAAGUUAACCAGGCUAGGUUAAUUAACCAGCAACAGCAACAGCAAUUGCUUCAUGGGAUUGAUAACGGUCAGGACCUUCAAGCAACAUAUUUGCUAAAGCAGAAAAUGGAAGCUGUAAAUGCGGCUUUUGGUCAUCAACAGCAGACGAUCCAGCCUCAGCAGACACAGCAACAGCUUCUAGCAAAUGGUUUGUUGACAGGCCCACCCGGAGUUUCUAUGGUACAACCAGGUGUUGGAGGCAUGGCCCCUCCUCCUGGCACUUUACCCCCCCAGCUCCCGCUAAACGCUAGCGUUCAUGCGACGAGUCUUGGUUUGCCAACUGCACCAAUAAUCCACCAUUCUAACCAGUUACUUGUACGUGAGGUAUGGGCGAACAACCUCACUGCCGAAUUUGCCUCUAUUAGAAGGCUGGUAGAUCAGUACGACCAUAUUGCACUUACUACAGAGUUUGUUGGUACUAUUGUUAGACCAAUCGGUAACUUUAGAUCUAAAAAUGACUACCACUACCAAACAAUGCGUACGAAUAUUGACUUGCUAAAUCCAGUACAGAUCGGCAUAUCGCUAAGCGAUGCACAGGGCAACAAACCCGAUAACACACCUUCUACCUGGCAGUUCAACUUCCACUUCGAUCUCACGAAAGAAAUGGUCUCCCCAGAGUCUCUAGAUCUCUUGAAGAAGUCUGGAGUAUUGUUUGAAAAACACCAGAAUAACGGUGUGGAGCCCUACGAGUUUGCACAGCUACUGAUAGACUCGGGCUUGGUUUUGUCUGAGUCAGUCACGUGGCUCAGUUUCCAUGCCGCCUAUGACUUUGGCUUCCUCAUUAACAUCCUUACAAACCUCCCAAUGCCAAACAACAAAGAAGACUACGAGUUCUGGGUCCAGAAGUUCAUGCCCAAUUUCUACGACCUAAAUGUCAUUAACAAGUCCGUACAAGAAUUAAAACAACAACGAACCAAGCAACUCCAACAGAGCCAACAAUACAGCGUUGAAUCGCUAGCUGACGAAGUGGGCAUACCACGUUUUCCUAUAUUCAAUACAACCGGUGGCCAGAGCUUACUAGCUCUUCUCACAUUCACCAGGUUGUCAAAAUUUCCUUUUAAGUUACCGAAUGGUUCAACCGAUCUCGCUCAGUUCAACAACUCCAUCUACGGCAUUAACAAAAACUGA